GUAACUAUAGAAAUAUGAAAAAAAAGGAUACGAUAUACUAUAUUAGGAAACCAAAAGGACAAAUCAUGUAUCGCGUGAAUCAUAUCUCUAUGGUAACCAAUGAAUUGUCUCUGAUUAAGUGUGCAGUUUUAGAUGUUCUUGAGCACAAACAGAGUCCAGGGCAUUACAAAAUUUCCGAGAAAUAGGAUAUGAAUAACUUACAUGUAAACACCUGACAAGUAGUUUUGUCUUUUUGUAUUGUAACGACGUAAAAAAAAGGAAGAACACGAAGCUCGGAGUGGCAAUUCUGAUGAUAAAGACAAAAAGAAAAACUUUUUUUAACGUAUGAUUGGUAGAAGACAAACUAGCGUAUAAAUGACAGACGGUGAGUUUUUCCUUUCUUUUUUUUUCUUUUUUUUUUUUUUUUAAUUAACCAUAGCACGCAAUGGAUAUACGACAUGAUCAUAAAAUAGAUCAAGCGGAACGAGGAAACAUGGAGAAUGAUAAUCCCAUGAGAGUGUUCAACAAUGAAAAAGUAGAAGCUUAUGAUCAAACCAACUUCUCAAUUGAAGAUAUACCCGAUGGAACAAUACAACACACUACAGGCACUCAACCAAGAAGAGGAUUGAAUGCUCGUCAUAUUCAAAUGAUCUCACUUGGUGGAUGUAUUGGUACGGGUUUAUUCCUUAACUCUGGGCAAAACAUUGCUAUGGCUGGCCCUGCAGGUGCAUUGAUUGCCUACUGUGUUGUGGGAAUAAUGGUUUACUGCCUGAUGACCUGUUUGGGUGAAAUGGCUACUUAUAUGCCAGUUUCUGGAUCAUUUAACCACUAUGCAGCAAGAUUUGUUGAUCCUGCUCUUGGUUUUGCUUUAGGUUGGAACUAUUGGCUUUCGGCUGUUACCAUUGCUGCAGAAAUCUCUGCUGCUGCUACGAUCAUCAACUGGUGGAAACCUGUCCUUCCUGAUCCCGCCUGGUCGACUAUCUUUGUUCUGCUCAUUCUGUCCAUCAACUUGUUUGGUGUCCGAUUAUAUGGUGAACUCGAAUACUGGUUUGCUAUUCUCAAGAUCCUCAUUGUUAUUGUCUUUAUUAUCAUUGGCAUAUGCGUAACUACGGGAGGAUUAGGAGGCCACGUCAUUGGUUUUCAAUACUGGAAGGAUCCUGGCCCAUUCACGGGUGGAGGACUUGGUACACUCAACGUCUUGCUCUCGGCCGGUUUCUCCUUUAUGGGUACAGAGAUUGUUGGUAUUACAGCUGGUGAAGCCAAGAAUCCUACCAAGACGGUACCUCGCGCCAUUAAAAACACAUUCUGGCGUAUUGUCUUCUUUUAUAUCAUUACCAUCUUCUUGUUAGGCAUGUGUAUCCCUUACACAAACCCUAAUUUGGCCAAUGCUGAUGGUGAUCCAGGAACCGCCUCUUUUACUAUUGUUUUUACUUUGGCCGGUAUUGAAGUAGGCGCACACAUCAUUAACGUUGUCAUCUUGAUCAGUGUGUUGAGUGCUGCUAACUCAUCACUUUAUACCUGCUCUCGUACAUUGCUUGGUCUCGCCAAGGAUGGCUUAGCACCUAAAUGGUUAGGUCGAAUGAAUCGUUGGGGCUCUCCUUACAUUGCCGUACUCGUUUCUUCCAUCGUCGGUUUUCUUUGUGUAUUUGCCUCGAUCUACAGUGCCUCUGUAGCAUUCGUUUGGUUCCUGAGUAUUACCGCCGUCAGUGGUUUUAUCAGUUGGUGGGGUAUCGCUGUGGUUCACAUUCGAUUCAGACGUGCAUUCAAAGCUCAAGGAAGAGAGUUAUCUGAUUUGCCUUAUCGGGCAUUUGCUUACCCAUGGUCUGCCAUCGUUGCUAUUGUCUUGACCACUUUUAUUAUCCUUGGACAAGGUUACUCCUCAUUCACUCCUCAAUUUGAUGCUGUUAAAUUUGUCACUAGCUACAUCGGGCUUGUCCCUGUAACUGUUUGGUAUCUUGGUUACAAGAUCAUCAAGCGAAGCAAGGUUGUGCCUUUAGUAGAUGUUGACUUUGAAACCGGACGUGUCACUCGUCUGGAUAUAGAAAAAGACAAGGAAGAAGAUGAAGUAUUGCCUUGGUAUAGAAAAGCAUUGGCCUGGGUCGUAUAG